GGAACGGCUUGGGAGGGAACAAAAGGGGCUUCCGUUUUGAUUAUUUUUAUUCUCCUCUUCCCCCCAAGUCGUAAUUAACGUUUACAAAAAUAAAUUUUUUCUUCGGCUGUAAUUGAACGUAAAUUGCCCUUUCCAAUGAGUUACUGGCUCAAUUUUCAAAACCCUAGUCAGUCAAAAGAGCAGCUAAAGUUCAAAUUCCCAUUUUUAAAAAUUCGCGUUAGUAAUAUUACCCCGUGAUUCUUUUCCACCCCCCACCGCAAUGCUGAGCUUUAGUUUCGAUGCAUACGGCCAAGUUUACUUUGAUCUUGAGAAACCGUCGAACUUCCUUCGAGAAUCAAAGGAAAAAAUCCCCUCACAGUUGCGUCUCUUGAGAAGACACAUAAAAAAGCCAUCUACAUUUCGAUCGCCUGUCUUGGGAAGCUGUUAAAAUUCUUUGUGACCUGAAGGAGAACAACUGCCACUAAAAAACAUAAAAAAGCCAAAAUUAAUAUCUAGCAACAACCUUCCCUGAUGUUUUUUGUCAAGCAACUUUUUGUUAUUGACCAAAAAAGUUGCUUUUUUUUAAAAAUGAGCAAAGCCAAAAUCAUUUUUUUCUUUAAAAACACAGCUUAAUCCAAAAAAGCUAAACCUUGAGGCGCUGUCGACGAGAAAAAUAAUUGGAUAGUAAGUGUCGCAUUUUCAACCAACUGACCAAAAAAAUUUCAUCCGUGUCGAAGGCACGAAGAAAAGACAAAAAAAAAUAUGGAGGGAAAGGGGUUUGUUUGAGGUGUUAACCCUUAAGACGAGGCAUUUUGCCAUCAAAAAAUGCAUAUUUAUAAGGAGUAUGAUGGUUUCUUAGAUAAUCCAUCGACUCCGGGACUGUCAAGGGUUAAUGAGCUCCCACAUAAAAGAUGGUGGUGACUGGGCCAUAAAGUACUACUACUUUGUGUGGGAGACGUGGAAAUGGACUAAAUAAGCAAUCUGUACAUAAAGAUUGCAGGGUAAGAGUUAAAGAGGACAAAAAGCAAUAACUGGGUAGUAGCCAGCAAGGAGUCAAUUUAAAAUACAGGGUGAUCUGUCAUGGCCUCUAUAUUUCUAAAUUUGUCAAUGUUAAAAAGGUUUUGUGCUUUUUUUUACUUGAAAGUUUUAAACUGUAUAUGUAGGUAUGUAAUGCUGCAAAAAAAAAAAUUAACUGGCAAUCUAGAAAUAAAGAUUGCAAAAUGACUUGGGAAAGUUGUUUUAAACCAGUCCAAUAUAUAUUUUUAAAGCCCUCCUAACUAGAAAGUGAUCUAUUGGACUCAAAUGAGGUCUGAUGUUUUUUUAAAAAAUGUUCAUCCUUUAAUAUCGCCCCCCCCCACGCUGCAAUAUGGCAGUGCUGUUUUGUCUUUUGUCCCUGACAAGCAGCAUUGUAUAUUUCCUUUUCAGGAUGUUUCCACUUUUAUUCCGUCUCCUACCUCCCCCAUGUGUGGAGGAGGAAAGGGGGGCAGCGGUAUUGACCAUGCAACGGUGAAUAGUGAAAGGUUCUUUUAAGUCUCUCGCACUCGCCGGCAAGAAAUAGCUCUUUUUCCUUAACUGUGUAUGUUAAAUAGGUUCUAGUUGCAGAACUGACAUAAUACAAUACGAAUCUGUAUAUAUGAUGGGGGUUGUACUGCUAUAGCUUUCUUAAUAGAUUCUGAAGCCUCUUGCUUUUUUUUUUUUUCCUAAUCGCCUGUGCUUCUAAAAUGGCGGCGCUGCCUCUUUCCUUCCUCCUGUACAAGAGAACCUACAAGGCUUGCUGGGCAGGGAGCUGAUGUAAGCAGCUUGUCAAACUCCUCCCACUGAAUAGCAUACGGAGCCGGAGCAAGCAGUCAUGGAAUGGAGGGAAGGAGAGAUGUUGUGGGAGGGGAGAUGUGGCUUACCCUUCCUUUCCAAAACUAAUGAAAUUCCACUCCCACUUCAUCUAUAGGAAAUCUCUAGAAUUUCCCACCAUGGGCUCCAGACCGAUAGACCCAAAGGAACUCCUGAAGGGACUGGACUGUUUCCUUGGCAAAGAUGGAGAAGUCAAAACUCAUGAAGGCAUCACUAAAAUUUUCAGCUUAAUGAAAGAUGCGCAGAAGAUGGUCAGUCGCUGCAUCUAUCUGAACAUCUUGUUGCAGACCCGAGCGCAAGACAUACUCUCAAAAUUCAUCAAGGUUGGUGGCUACAAGCUCCUCAACACUUGGUUGACUGGCUCAAAAGCAUCCAACAAUGUCCCCCUUCUUCAGCAGAUUCUGCUUACGCUGCAACAUUUACCCUUAACAGUGGAUCAUCUGAAACAGAACAAUACUGCCAAACUGGUGAAACAGCUCAGCAAGUCAAGUGAGGAUGAAGAGCUUCGUAGACUGGCUUCCAUAUUGGUCAGUGACUGGAUGGGUGUCAUCCGCUCCCAGAGUAGCUCCCAGCCUACAGAGCGAGACAAGAAAAAGAGGAAGGAGGAAAAUAAAAGUAAAGCACCUGUUCAGGAGAAGCCUCAGGAGACCAAAUCUGAAGCCAAGCCUGAGGAGACACCUGAGAAGAAGAAGGAAAAGCCGAAGUCUCUGCGCACCACAGCACCCAGCCAUGCUAAGUUCCGUUCCACUGGUCUGGAAAUGGAGACCCCAUCGCUCACUCCUGUAAAGAAGAACACCAAUGCUGCUGUAACCUCUGAUAAAUACAACUUGAAGCCAAUUCCACUGAAGAGACAGAGCACAUCUGUUCCAGCUGGGGACAACCCUCCUGCUGAGAAGAAAUACAAGCCCCUUAACACUACCCCUAAUGCUACCAAAGAGAUCAAAGUGAAGAUCAUCCCUGCACAACCCAUGGAAGGUUUGGGCUUUUUAGAUGCCCUCAACUCUGCCCCUGUCCCAGGGAUCAAAAUCAAGAAGAAAAAGAAAGUCCUGUCUCCAACAGCAGCUAAGCCAAGUCCUUUUGAAGGGAAACCAGCCCCAGAAACUAGUGCUGCCAAGCCAUCUUCACCAGAGCUUACCCCUGCAUCAGAACUAAUGGAUGUGGAAAGACCUGGUACCCCCGUACCAGCUGUGGAGGUUCCUGAGCCCAUGGAGACAAACUCCUCUGAACAGGGUGGGUUGCUGGAUCCCAAGCCAGCUGAGAGCCCAGUUGACUCAACACAGCUAACGAAGAAGGGCAAGAAAAAGAAGACUGUGAGCUGGCCUGAGGAAAGCAAACUCCGAGAAUAUUUCUAUUUUGAAUUGGAUGAGACAGAGCGAGUCAAUGUGAACAAGAUCAAGGAUUUUGGUGAGGCAGCCAAGCGGGAAAUGCUGAUGGACCGCCAGGCCUUUGAGACGGCUCGUCGACUCAGUCACGAUACCAUGGAGGAGAAGAUCCCCUGGGUCUACCCAAAGACCAUUGACUUGCCUGCUCCACUGGUGCAGCCAGGAAGUGGCAGCCAGGAGAAAUUCACUCAAGCUGAGCGUGAGAAGGGCAUUUUACAGGAAAUCUUUCUCUCAAAAGAGAGUGUUCCUGAUAGCCCUCAUGAGCCUGACCCAGAGUCUUAUGAACCAGUGCCGCCCAAGCUGAUUCCUCUGGAUGAGGAAUGCUCCAUGGAUGAGGCCACCUACGAGGAAAGACUCGACCCAGCCACCGCCUCGCAGUCUCCGGACGGAGCUGGGGGCUCCAAGCUGCCCCCGGUCCUGGCCAACCUCAUGGGCAGCAUGGGGGCAGGCAAGAACCCGCAGGGCCCUAACCCCAACUCCUCCAUCAACGUGCAAGAGAUCCUCACCUCCAUCAUGGGUGGCUCAAACAAUCAUAAGACAGAGGAGCUAAUGAAGCAGCCAGAUUAUUCUGACAAGAUCAAGCACCUGCUGGGCAACUUGCAGGGUCAGCCUGGACCAGGUCCUUCAGGAGUUCCACAUGGAUUGCUUGGACCAGGACCUGGUCCAGUUCCCAAUGGAUUUCCACCAGGUCCCAAGAAUAUGCAGCAUUUUUCUCCAGGAGGGCCAGGACCCAUGCCUGGACCACAUGGAGGCCCAGGUGGCCCUAACAUGCCCCCAGGUCCUGGUGUGCCAAGUGGACCCCGGAUGAUGGGUCCACCUCCUCCCCAGUGUAAUGAUGGAUACUGGGACCCUCCUGAUAGUGGCAUGCGUGGUGGGCCCCAUGGAGGCAUGAGGGGUGGCAGUCCUGGUCCAGGCCCUGGCCCCGGCCCUUUUCACCGUGGGCGUGGUGGCCGAGGCGGAGAGCCCCCUUUCCGUGGGCGAGGUGGUGGACGCAGUGGUGGGCCCCCCAAUGGUCGGGGUGGACCUCCCAACAGCAGCAUGGGCGGCGGUCAUGGGGGACACGGCGGAGGCAGCCAUGGAGGGGGACACGGUGGUGGCAGCCAUGGAGGACAUGGAGGAGGGGGCCACCCCGGAGACCACAGUCGGGGACAUCCAGGCGGUCAUCCAGGGGACCACGGCAGGGGAUAUCCAGGGGACCACGGCAGGGGACAUCCAGGAGGCCACCCAGGGGACCACGGCAGGGGACAUCCAGGGGACCACGGCAGGGGACAUCCAGGGGACCACGGCAGGGGACAUCCAGGGGACCACGGCAGAGGUCACCCAGGGGACCACGGCUGGGGGCACGGAGGCGGCCACGGUGGAGACAGGUCAAAACGCCCUGUGUGUCGUCAUUUCACAAUGAAAGGCAGCUGCAGGUACGAGAACAACUGUGCCUUCUACCACCCUGGAGUGAAUGGGCCGCCUUUGCACCAAUAACGGGGCCCCAGUCCGCUCUCCCCAUCUCUUCUAACUGUGGUAUCAGCGCACAUUCCCAUGUCAUGGACUCGGGGGCUUGAGCCCCCACCUCAGACUUCUGCUGCAUCCACCAUUUUAUGGCUUCUGUGAGGCCCUUCCAAUCCUAGGGGCAAGAGGAGGUGACUGCUCCCUCCUGCUGAGUCUGCUGCUACUGAUGAACUGCUGCAUCCCCCAAAGAGGAACCACUGGGAGGCGCCACCUCCCUCUCAUCGGCGGGGCAGUGAGGCCACCAAUGACUUGAAAGCACAAGAGCCCCAUGGAGGGUUUUAAAAACAAAACCUCCCCCAAGUUUUGUGUGACUAUCCCUGGGAGACCCACAAAGAAAGAGGGGACACUUCAGAGCACAGCCAUGCCUGGCUCCGUGCUGUACUUUGUUCCCAGGAACCAGACCUGCACUGAGGACUUUUGCUCUGGUCUGGAGGAACAGCUGGCGUCUGCAAGAAAAUCCUGCCCAUUUUAAGAACAUGUACGUGUGAGGCAAGGGUGGGGGUGAAGCAACUCUGCCUGUGGAUCAUUUAGUUGCAUUCUGUGGGAUUGGUGGCCAAGGGAUCUGUGGCCCCUGUCUAAGGGUCCACUAGAAGAGGAAGAGAAUUCCAGCAGUGGCCCCCUGCACAAUACCCUCUCUACCCACAGUAUCCCAUCCUGCCUUUUGUAAAAUACCCCCUGCAGUGACCCCACUGACUGCAGAGACGCAAUUUUUCCCUUGGUGCUAAGUCUGUCAUUGGGGGAAACCUACAAACUGUUUUCUAUGAAAACUCAACCUUGACUCUAAGUGAUUUAGGGGGUAACUUCUGUUUUCCUGAUUUACGUUGUUGUUGGUUGUGGGUUUUUUAAACUGUCUCACAAGAUGUGGACUCUUCACUACAUCUUCUGUCUCCCCCUUCCCUGGGUGCAGCAACCCCUCUCCUGAGGGGAAGAGAAUGUCUCCUUCUGUGUUUUGUAUAUUUUGUACAUUAGUAAUAAACAUGGUGCAAAAAAUUAAUUAUCUAAUUUAA